CCGCUGCCGCUGCCGCUCGUGGACGAGGAAGCGCCGCGAAUUGCUUACCUUAUCACCGGCACCAAGGGCGACAGUCAGCGGAUGAAGAGAGCCUUGCAGGCCGUAUAUCAUCCGCGGAAUCAGUACAUUCUGCACCUGGAUCUGGAGGCCCCGCCCAGGGAGCGGAUAGAGCUGGCCGUGUACGUCAGGGGUGAUCCCACGUUCGCCCGCGUCGAAAACGUCCGCGUGAUCGCCAAGGCCAACUUGGUUACCUACAAAGGGCCCACAAUGAUCGCCUGCACCCUCCACGCCGUCGCCCUUCUCUUGAGGGAGAGCUUGAACUGGGACUGGUUCGUAAAUCUCAGCGCCUCCGACUAUCCUCUCAUGACUCAAGAUGAUAUACUUCACGUGUUCUCAUCUUUGCCGAGAAAUCUCAAUUUUAUAGAACACAUGCAGAUUGCAGGGUGGAAAGUGGGCCAAAGGGCUAAACCAAUCAUUGUCGAUCCAGGCAUUUAUUUGUCCAAAAAAUUCGACAUCGUUGUGACUACCGAACGUCGGGAACUGCCGACAUCUUUCAAGUUAUACACCGGUUCGGCUUGGGUGAUGCUGGCCCGAUCCUUCCUCGAGUACUGCAUAUGGGGAUGGGAAAAUCUCCCUCGGACCAUCCUAAUGUACUACGUCAACUUCAUCUCCUCGCCUGAGGGGUACUUCCACACUGUGAUCUGCAACUCCGAAGAGUUUCGAAACACGACAAUCGGCCACGACCUGCACUACAUUGCCUGGGACAACCCGCCCAAGCAGCAUCCCCUCUCCCUCUCCGCCAAAGACUUCAAUAAGAUGGUCAAGAGCGGGGCGCCCUUUGCCAGGAAGUUCGCAAAGGAUGACAAAGUGCUGGAUAAGAUCGAUCGCGAGCUCUUAGGUCGGUCGGACGGCCAGUUCACCCCGGGAGCUUGGUGCGUUGGCAGAUCGGACGGCGGGGCAGAUCCAUGCUCCGCCAGGGGCAAUGAUUCUGCGUUCCGACCGGGUCCCGGAGCUGAGAGAUUGGAGGAGUUGAUGAAGAAGCUACUGUCUCAGGAUUUCCGAAAUGGAAGCUGUUCGUCGCUGGCUUACGAUCAGCCGACGAGACGGUGGAUUAUUCCCUGACGGCAUCAUGCUCGCCCUCUGACACUCCAACUGCAUUGUUGUGGAGCGAGAGCAAGUGCAAGUGCAUAACACAUGACUAUUUAUACGCUAAUUGAUGAUAUACAUACAGACUUAUAUGAAUGGCAUUGCCGCGUAAUUCAAGGGUUCGCAGGUUUCAUCUUUUCCUUUGUGAUUUCGAGUUGCCAAUUGCUGAGGAGUGAGAACUAGCGAGUUGAUCAUCAUCUGAAGGCUUAUAUUAGUCUGACUCGAGAGUGUUAUUUAGUUUUGGUAAAAAUGUAGGAUUCUGUCAAUUUUUUAUUUUAUUUUUUAAA